AUGAUUUGGAAGGUCUCUGAGGUGUGUAUCAAGAGGCUUUUUCCAUCAAGAGGACACUUUCAAAAGCACUGGAAUAGCUUUUAUUCGACAAAAGCUUCGAAAAGCAUUGAAUGGCCCCUUGGAAAGCCAAAUUUCAAUCAUUUGCCGCCUGAAGAACGUAAAGACAUCAACUGCCUUGACUUCUCGUUUCCCUCGAAAACAGAUAAUGUCUACACGAGAAAUCCCACAUUUAAAGAUAGCUUUAGUAAAGCUAUAAGAAAUGUCUUCAACUCUAAAGUUAUUGGUUUUACGAUAGAAGAAACUGAAUCAAAAACUAUGGCAUGGCUUAAGCUGCGGGAAAGCAUAUACCAACAAUUAAGAGAUAAAGACCUUGAUAUGAAAAUUUCGAAAUAUCAACUGUCUCUUUCUGAAUUAAUUCAUCCAUCCUAUCCUUCAUCCCUACUGCUCCAACUUCAUGCAUCAGACCAAGUUAGUGACACACAGUGGAAAGCUAUUCUGAAAAAGAGCGAAAUCACGACAAUUGAUAAAUACAUCUACGUCAUUGGGAACGUUUUUGAUUUCAUUUACAGACAACAGAUUCUUCCUGUCGUUACGCCGGUAAAAUCGAGCGCCAACAAGGAGGAGGAUGUCGACAUUUCAAAUCCUGCAGAAUGGUUUCCAGAAGCACGCAAGUGGAGAAGAGAAAUAAUUAUGCAUGUAGGACCAACAAAUUCCGGUAAAACUUAUAGAGCUUUACAAAGACUCAAGCAUUGCAAUAGAGGUUAUUAUGCUGGUCCACUACGACUUCUUGCGCGUGAAAUUUACGAAAGGUUCAAAAAUGAGGGAAUCAGAUGCAAUCUUUUGACGGGUGAGGAAAUCAUUGAUGAAUUGGAUGAGAUGGGUAAUCCAGCAGGCCUGACAUCAGGUACAGUCGAGAUGGUUCCGUUAUCCCAAAAAUUCGACGUAGUAGUCCUUGACGAAAUUCAAAUGAUGGGGGAUUCAGAUAGAGGGUGGGCCUGGACCAAUGCUCUAUUGGGAGUUCAGGCUCGUGAGGUCCAUCUCUGUGGAGAGAAAAGCACGCUCCCGCUAAUAAAGAAAAUAGUCAAGAUGACUGGAGACAAACUAGUGAUAAACGAAUACGAAAGACUGGGCACCCUUAUUGUUGAGGAUGCUCCAAUCAAAAAUGGCUUGAAAGGUCUGAGAAAGGGUGACUGUGUUGUUGCAUUUUCGAAGAAGAAAAUCUUGGAUAUGAAGCUACGCAUCGAAAAGCAAACCAAUUUGAAAGUUGCAGUUGUAUAUGGAUCGCUACCUCCAGAAACUAGAAUUCAGCAAGCUACUAUGUUUAAUAAUGGAGAUUGUGACGUUUUGGUUGCAUCAGAUGCAGUUGGAAUGGGUCUAAAUUUAUCUAUCGAAAGAGUUAUUUUCACUACCCACAUGAAAUUCAAUGGACAAGAGAUGGUGAAUUUGACUUCGUCGAAUGUUAAGCAAAUUGGAGGACGAGCAGGACGCUUUAGGGUGGCUUCUUCAGUAGUUAAAGAUAUGAGAAAUGAGAAAAGAGCCUCUAUCGGCUAUAUCACAGCAAUAAACUCAGAAGUAUUGUCUGCUGUUAGAGAUGGCAUAAAUGCACCCGUUGAAUAUCUAAAUUCGGCAGUUGUAUGGCCCACUGACGAGAUUUGUGGUAAGCUUAUGACACACUAUCCAGCACGCACGAAAGUUUCGACGCUUCUUCAGACAUUUGCAACCAAGGUUGAGCAACGGUCCGCGAAGCUUUUUACAUUAAGUGACUUGAAAAAUCGUCUCAAUAACAUUGGGAUGUUCGAGCACUUGCACGAAAUACCAUUUUUCGAGAAACUACGAUUGAGCAAUGCGCCUGUAAAGGACUUACCUUUGGUCAAAAAAGCGUAUGUCGAAUUCUGUCACACUAUUGCUAGGCGUGAGACAAGGUCCCUGCUCAGUUACCCCUUUUCCUUCAAUAUCCUUGACCUCAAAUGUAUCAAGAACGAAAAAAUUACUCUGGAAUAUUAUGAGUCGUUACACAAUAUCAUUAUGCUUUUCUUUUGGCUGAGCAAUAGGUAUUCUAACUAUUUCAUUGACCAGGAAAGUGCAUAUGAGCUGAAAAACAUUUGCGAAAUGAUCAUUUUCGAGAAACUGGAUAGAUUAAAAAGAAAUCCUUACGCAAACCGCGGGCCACCAACGGCUAAUGCUCUAUCGCACUUUACACCUCGGAGACAAAAGCAGCAUUAA